CAUUGGAUACAAAUAAUCUAUGUAUAGGCCUAGUCAAAAUUCUAUCGAAAUCCACAUCAGUUAAUUAUAUUAUUCAAGUCCUUCUAUUUUCUUUUGAAUUAGCCGGGUCAGGAAGUGUCAACCAAUUAGCACAGAGAGCGUUCUCUCUUCUGUCUGUCUUCUUCAAAAUGGCUGCCUGGAUUGCUUUCUUGUAAAUCGAUUGAAUGUUCAUGACAACGCGGUUGGUGAUGUUUGUGAAAUUGUCUUUUUCGUAAUUCAAGUAAUCUAUAGGGAAGUAUCGGAACAGUUUGUUAUUUAAUAAUGAUUCAAUUACUUUGAUUUUGAGUGAUAAAACUUCAAAAUGACGCAGUUCUUGCCUCCAAAUUUAUUGGCGUUGUUUGCUCCAAGGGAUCCUAUCCCAUUUCUUCCUCCUGCAGCCAAGUUACCCCAUGAAAAGAAAAAUAGAGGCUAUGUCGGCGUUGGUGGUUUCCUGGGAUUUUUCGAGGAUCCAAAGGACACUCCCCCUCCCACCAAAGUGGAGACCAGGGAAGAACGUCUCGACAGAAGGCGCAGGGAGAGGGCUGAACAGGUGGCAUACAAGUUGGAGCAAGAAAUCGCAGUAUGGGAUCCUCACACCAUCAGUACAUCGACAAUGGAUCCGUUUAAAACAUUGUUUGUUGCAAGAAUUAACUUUGAUACCUCUGAGUCCAAGUUGCGACGUGAAUUUGAAAUGUAUGGAGCAAUCAAGAAGAUUGUGGUGAUACACAACACGGUGAACGGGAAGCCGCGAGGAUACGCGUUCAUCGAGUAUGAACACGAACGGGACAUGCACUCUGCUUAUAAGCAUGCAGAUGGCAAAAAAAUCGACGGAAGGCGUGUGUUGGUUGAUGUUGAGAGGGGCCGAACGGUCAAGGGCUGGCUGCCUCGAAGACUCGGUGGUGGUUUGGGCGGAACGCGGCGUGGAGGACCGGACGUGAACCUGAAGCACUCGGGGCGUGAGGACAACGAGAGGGAGAGAGAGCGCUACCGGCUGGAGAGAGAGCGAGAGACCACCAACGACAGGGGUGACCGCGGGGGUGGUGGAGGCGGCGGACGCAACCGGGAACGCAGUCGCACGCGGGAGCGGGAACGUGAUCGUGGAGGCGGCGGGCUUGAUCGUGGCGACAGAGACCGCGACCGUGAUCGUGACCGCGACCGUGACCGUGAUCGUGAUCGUAGGCGAUCGCGCAGUCGUGACCGUGACAGGAAGCAUCGUACGCGCAGUCGAUCUCGUGACAGAAAACGCAUCAAGCGUGAACGUAUCAAGGAUCCAGACAUCGAGGAGAUUGAAGAGAGACCGAGGGACAGAGACCGCGAUAGGGAUCGUGACAGAGACAGGAAGAGGAGGCGCAGUCAUUCGCGAGACAGAGACAGAAAACGUGAUCGCCGUGACAGAGAUAGGGACAGGGACAAGGAUCGUGAUCGUAGAGACCGGGAUCCUGAUUAUGAAGAAAAGGUGCGGGUCAAGCAGGAACCUCCCGAUGAUUAUCCAGAGUUUCCUACCAACAGCUAUGUUGAUGAUGGUGAAUUCGACGAAAACAUGGUCAAGUUUGAGAAAAGAGAAGACGGAGGAGGAAGAAGGAACGAUAUGGGAGGAAGAGGGAGAGAUGACAUGGGUGAUGGAGGCGGCGAUGAUGGUGGCGAUGAUCCCAACGGUCGUAAUAAUUACUACGAUGAAAAUGACUUUUGAUCGGCUUGUUCUUGGUAGUUUUCAUAACAUGCAUCUGUGUACUUGAUUUUACAAAGCAGGCAUUUUGCGUUUAUGUAAUAUUAUUUUAAUAGUACUAUUCAAAUAAAUUGUCUGCGUCCUCACUGAUAUUAAAAUAUGAAUACAUUUUUUUGCUAUCAUGUAAUCGAAACUGGUCGAUUAAAAACUCUGUGUCUUUAUACAUUUACAUGUAAUUUGAUUUAAGGCAUUUUAAAACCGUAAGAAGACGCUACAUAAUGUUGGAGUAUAUUGUUCAAAUAUAGUGGAUUUGUGAUUUUAGUAAA